AUGCCGCCGGAAACACCACAGCCCUCGCUGCACCACCACGGCGACUCACAGCCGGUCCAGCAGGACGCGUCCUCUCCCUCGCACAACAAGGGCACGCCCGCUGCCCUCGCCUCAACCGACGCCCCCGCCGCGGCCGCUGGUCCUGCGCAGCAGCCCUCUAGUGCAGGCAAUAAUGGCGUAGCCGACAGCCCGCGCCCGCCGCCCGCAACUUCGAUCGCACCCUCCAGCGCCGCCCAGCCUCCCCAAGCAGGCAAUCAACAGGACCCUGCGAGACCCCUUCCGGCCCACGGGACGCCCCAGCAAGCCUCGCCCACGCCCCAGGCAAACACGCCCACCUCGCUCUCGGCCCAACACCCCGAAAAAUCAGACUCCAACAAGCACAAGCGCAGCAGCUCGUCCGCCCGCCCGACCCCGUCGCGCACCCCCACCAGCCAGAGCAGCAUCCCCAUCGAGCUCAUUCCCGCCGAGCUGCGCGGCGACUUUGCGCCCGGCGUGUGGGAGCCCGCGAACCAGAAGCGCCGCACCCACAGCCGCAACGUCUCGCUCGCCGAGCCCAAGUCGUCCGACGAAGAAGACGGCGCCCGCAACCGCCGCAAGAGCUCGCACCCGCUCUCGCAGGCCGGCAGCAACAGUGGCACCGGCCGCAAGCGCAGCGCUCCGGAAAACACCACCACCCUCCCGCACCGCGCCAGCAGCGGCGGCGUCGACGACCACCACAGCGCCAGCGCGCGCAAGAAGACGACCGCCCAGCAGAACCACCACCACCACAGCCAUAGCCACAGCCUCAGCAGCAGCCUCGCGCAGCACGCCCACACCCCCGCCGGCGCGCGCCACCAGCACGCCCAAUCGCUGCCGCACAUCGACACGUCCAUCCGCCACCGCCGCACCGCGACGCUCAACUCGACCCCCUCCACGCCCUACUCCGCCAUGGUCGGCCUGUCGGACAAGAAGCGCGUCAAGGGCGUGAAGAUCACGCGCGCCUUCCGCAUCGGCUCCGAGGCCUGGAAGCUGGACGACAAGAACCGCCCGCCCGGCAUCCCCGAAGACCACACAACCGGAUGGCGCGUGUACGUCGAGAACGUCGACGGCGGCCCGGAUAUGAGCACGUGGUUGAACAAGGUGCAGUUUAGCUUGCACGAGACGUAUCCGAACAACAAGAGGAUGAUCGCCAACCCGCCCUUCGAGGUCCGCGAGACCGGCUGGGGUGGCUUCACGGUUGAGAUCCGCCUAUACUUCCAGCCCUACGUCGGCGAGAAGCACGCCGUCCGCUCCCACUACCUCUACCUCGAGCCCUACGGUCCGCCCGAGAGCGCCGAGCGCCAGCGCGCCGCCAACCUCGUCAAAGCCGAGAUUCUGGAUUUCAUCGAGUUCAACGAGCCCACAGAGGUGCUAUACGCCGCUCUAACGGACGAGGAGCGCCAGUGGCCGCCGGAAGGAACAGGCAGGGGAAAGGGCAAGGGCGCCGCAGCGGCCGCUGCCCAGGCUGCGGCUCAGAGGAAGUUGGCAGGACAGGAGGAACGGAGCGUUGAGCUGCCCGAGCGCGGAAUGGAGAGGAAUCCGUACAGCAAGCAGAUGGAAGAGACAUUCAUCCGGUUAUUCAAGCAGGCUGAGGUGGACGUGGAUAAGCAGAUCGAGGAGUUGACGAAGCGGAAGGAGAAGGUUGAGGCGAGGAGGAGGGAGUUGAUUGCGAGUGGGGACUUGGACGUCGGGAAGAAGAAGAGAUAA